CGGCCCCGCGAGACCCCAGCCCGGCUGGCCCGCAGGAAGCGGCCGCCACCGCCCAGCCCAGCGCCCGCGCCUCCUGGCACGAUGGCGGGGAAGGCAGCCGCCCCGGGCACCGCGGUGCUGUUGGUCACGGCCAACGUGGGCUCGCUCUUCGACGACCCAGAAAACCUGCAGAAGAACUGGCUUCGGGAAUUUUACCAGGUGGUGCACAUGCACAAGCCACACUUCAUGGCCUUGCACUGCCAGGAGUUUGGAGGGAAGAACUAUGAGGCCUCCAUGUCCCAUGUGGACAAGUUUGUCAAGGAACUAUUAUCAAGUGAUGCAAUGAAAGAAUACAACAGGGCACGAGUCUACCUGGAUGAAAACUACAAAUCACAGGAGCAUUUCACAGCACUAGGAAGCUUUUAUUUUCUUCAUGAGUCCUUAAAAAACAUCUACCAGUUUGACUUUAAAGCAAAGAAGUAUAAAAAAGUCACUGGCAAAGAGAUCUAUUCAGAUACUUUAGAGAGCACACCAAUGCUGGAGAAGGAGAAGUUCCCACAGGACUACUUCCCUGAGUGCAAGUGGUCAAGAAAAGGCUUCAUCCGGACAAGGUGGUGCAUUGCUGACUGUGCCUUUGACUUGGUGAACAUCCACCUUUUCCAUGAUGCAUCCAACUUAGUGGCCUGGGAGACAAGCCCCUCCGUGUACUCGGUUGUCCGGCACAAGGCCCUGGGCUAUGUGCUUGACAGAAUCAUCGAUCAGCGAUUUGAGAAAGUUUCCUACUUUGUCUUUGGUGAUUUCAACUUCCGCCUGGAUUCCAAGUCCGUUGUAGAGACUCUCUGCACAAAGGCUACCAUGCAGACGGUUCGGGCUGCUGACACCAACGAAGUGGUGAAGUUGAUAUUUCGAGAGUCAGACAAUGAUCGUAAGGUUGUGCUCCAGUUAGAAAAGAAGCUCUUUGACUACUUCAACCAGGAAGUCUUCCGGGACAACAAUGGCACUGCGCUUUUGGAGUUUGACAAAGAGUUGUCUGUCUUUAAGGAUAGACUGUAUGAACUGGACAUCUCAUUUCCCCCCAGUUACCCAUACAGCGAGGAAUCCAGCCAAGGUGAACAGUACAUGAACACUCGGUGCCCCGCGUGGUGUGACCGCAUCCUCAUGUCUCUGUCUGCCAAGGAGCUGGUCCUUAGGUCGGAGAGUGAGGAGAAGGUUGUCACCUAUGACCACAUCGGGCGCAACGUCUGCAUGGGAGACCACAAGCCUGUGUUCCUGGCCUUCCGAAUAGCGCCUGGGGCAGGGAAGAGGUGCCAGCGCAAUGAGAGGACCCUUCACAGACCUCCCUGUAGCAGCAUAUUGAAACUCGUACUCCUAACAGCUGCAUCAAAAACCUGCCCAAGCACCACCUGCUAGAUGGCCGGCCCCACACUUCGCUUCAGCCUCCGGACCACUCCGGAAAAGCCUCACAUACCUCACUGUCGUAUCUGUUCAUGUGACAUUGAGUAGAAACAUUGGUUUUUUAAAGACAAGUCAUAGUCCUGUUGCCAAAACUCGGAUAGCAAAGAGAUUCCAUAUUUUAGAUUUCACAGUUCUCCAUUUUUAAUAAUUGUCUGUGGAGGAGCUUCUGCAACGUAGAAACUCCAAGGUGUCAAGCAUCCCUCUCUGCCAGGAGGAGUUGUGCCUGGGCCAACCCAGGCAGUGAGGCCACCAUACGUGUCCACCCCAAGGGCCCUCCGUGGCCUGACUCUACUGCCAUGUUACAUGGUGUCUGAAUCACACUGCAGCUGCUUUCCAUUUUUAUAUAUAUAUAAAUACAUAUAAAUAUAUACUUUUUAAAAAUAAUUUAUAAAUCUUACCAAAACUUAUACUAAAUAUACUUUCCAGUAUGGAUGCACGAGUGUCAUAUCAGCGGGUAGAACUGCAGUCUAGGAGUUUAGGGAUGUGUACAUCGGCACACAAGUUUCCAAGACAGCAUUGACCUAGCAGUGCUGUGGGGCAAGAGCGGCCCCUCUGCACUUCUGCACUAGCAGUUUGUCACUCCUCUACCUUUCUCUGUGUAACAUUAAGAACUGAAUGUGAAGUUUAUAGCUAGCCUGGGUAUACCUUUUAAGAAUUUUGUAAAAUGUUUUGUCUGUGUCUUUUGUUACCGUUUUAUGGUGCCAAUAUUCUACAUUAAAAACCAUAAUCUCGUGGGAGAAUUAGAAAUAGCCUCGUCCGCUUCCCACAGAGAUUGCUUAACGUGAGCUGUAUAAAACAUGGAAAAGAAGCAACACUGGGCCGUGCUACCGACGCCUGUGUAACUACCCUGUUGCCAACAACACUCUGCUCCCAGCACUGAACACAGCGUCGGAAGGUGACUGCAGAGCCUGUUGACGAAACACAAGCGUGCGUUUUAUUGAUUUACUUCAGAACACUACAGUUCCUGGACUGCAAAAGCAUGAGAUCGAUGUUUGUUUCUAUAGAAAUCACUACUGUCGCGAGUCAUUUGGUGUCCGCGUGCCGACCUGUGUUCUUGACGCUACGCUGGUCGGUGUCUCUGUUAAAUGCUGUGGUCGCUGGUCGUCAACAAGCCACAUCGAGGCCACCACGCAGCAAUUCUGUCUGUGGGCUUCAACUGUGGGUCAUUCCGAAGGCCUUUGGAAGUGACUGCUUGGUUCCUAAGCAAUAAAAUUGAUCAUGGUGAAAACA